AUGAAGUCCUACUUGCUGUUAGCCGUGGUGCUUCUCGCAGGGCUUGCGAUCGCCAACGGCAAGCGUAUCGUCGGAGGUCAGGACACCACCAUCGAGAAGUACCCUUACAUCGUGCAAGUAGACACCUUCAGCGUUUGGUCAGGGAAUUGGGGCCAGUCCUGUGGCGCUAACAUCUUGACCUCCUACUUCCUCCUGUCUGCUGCACAUUGUUUUGAGGGAGCCCUAUACCAGGCACAGCAUCGUCGCAUCCGCGCUGGUUCCACCUUCCGCAACUCCGGCGGUGUCAUCCACUACGUAGAGUACGCUGUGAACCACCCUGAGUACCGUGUCGCAGCCAGAUACGACGCUGACAUCAACAUAUUUAAGCUGAUCACUCCUCUGAUAUACAACCCUUCAAUUCAGAGAGGCACCAUCAUUGCCCAAGACGCGGUUAUACCUGAUAAUCUACCUGUUGUCCAUGCUGGUUGGGGCACUACUUCGUGGGGCGGCACAGCUUCACCGAUCCUCCAAGAGGUGACCAUUUACACCAUCAACAACCAACUCUGCGCCGAUCGUUACGCCGAAUUCAGUCCUGGCAACAUCGUCACUAGUAACAUGAUCUGCGCUGGUCUCCUCGACAUCGGAGGUCGCGACGCUUGCCAAGGGGACUCCGGCGGACCUUUAUACUAUACAGACAUCAUUAUUGGUGUGGUCUCCUGGGGCCACAGAUGCGCUAACGACACCCUGCCUGGCAUAAGUACCUCUGUCGCAUCUUAUUCUGACUGGAUUCAGAGAACAGCUCGAUAA